AUGGGCCAAAGUCGCCCGAGUGUCUGCAGCUGCCACUGCUGCCACACCAAAUCGGCGCUGGAGCCAAUAGGUGCGCACAAUGGUGAUGAGGUGUCGCUGAUGUCCAUCGGCAAAGCCAAGCAGGCCUCUGAGGAUGUGAAAAUCUUUCCCGAGCUUCCAGAGUGGCUUCAUCAGAUUGCACCCACGGCCGAGGGCGAGGAGGCAUUGCUUCUGGCUUCGGCGUGGAGCCAGUAUCAUGAGGAGCUGACCCAGCGCGUGCGGCGCUUCGUGGAUUCCGCUCUUCGUGGCGUAGCCUGUCGGGUUGCUGAGGUUGCAGGUCCGGGGAGCAAGUGCGCGGGAGCCACGUUCUUCCUGGAUCCCGGGUUGACAACUCUGACACUUCAGGACCGCCUCGAGAACGGCGUUCUUCGCAAGCGCCACUUUUGGCUGGCCGACCUAAGGAACUUGCUGGUGUGUGCUGACAGUGAGCUGGCACGACGCACGCACAGAACGCUGUCGCCCUAUGCAGUUCCAGAGGAGGCGCUCUUAGCCUGCCUCGUCCUGCUGGACGGCGCGGCCGCGCCGGCGGCCGUGGUUUUACCCUCCGCGGAGGCUCGAGAAGAGUUUCUGGAUUGCCUGGGCGUGCUGAUCGCCGCGCACCGACAGCGACAGGAGACGGUUGCAGAGCAGCUUCCUGUUUGGCUACCUCAGCCUGAAGCCGCAGGUCUGCGUCCGCCGAACUUUUCGCUUCGAUCAGGCCACCUGAGUGGCGCUUUGGCUGCGUGGCUAGGUUCCUGCGCGCCGCUGCCGCCUCUCCAACCGCCUGAGGUUUCGGCGGCCCCUCCGCGUCGCCGACACUCCGAGGAUGCUGCCAUUGGGGCCAAGGCUUCCGCCAAGAGCCGCCUUCGGACACGCUCCCAAUCGGUCUACACUGCGUGGCCGGGUAGAAGCAGCGAAGAGGAGGCGCUGGAGUGGCCCGUGCCCAGCAAAGAGUAG